AAGAUGAGCGGACGAGGAAAAACUAGCGGCAAAGCUCGGUCUAAGGCCAAGUCUCGCUCGUCCCGGGCCGGACUGCAGUUUCCGGUGGGCCGUGUUCACAGGCUGCUGAGAAAGGGUAACUAUGCUGAGCGGGUGGGUGCCGGAGCCCCGGUCUAUCUGGCUGCUGUGCUCGAGUAUCUGACGGCUGAAAUCCUUGAGCUGGCCGGCAACGCGGCCCGGGACAACAAAAAGACCCGCAUCAUCCCCAGGCAUCUGCAGCUGGCCGUCCGCAACGACGAGGAGCUCAACAAGCUGUUGGGAGGGGUGACCAUCGCUCAGGGCGGGGUGCUGCCCAAUAUCCAGGCCGUGCUGUUGCCCAAGAAAACCGGCGGAGCCAGCAAGUAAAGAGACAGAAUCUGACCCAGUGACCUAAAUGCUCUUUUCAGAGCCACUCACAGUGUCUGUGAAAGGGCUGCUCUGCGGAUACGCUGAGCGCGGGGGAAAGGACUCUCGUUUCGCUGUUACUGCGAAGCGUUUCCGAGUAAGUUAUAUGUUAAUCAUCUUUUGCUGAACGAGUCGAUAGGGGAUGUGCGGGAUAGUCUACUGAAUUACCUCCGGAGCUGAGGGAGUUUCCUACUUGAGUCUGCAAAAAGUGUUCCGCAGAGAGGUGGUUGGAAUCAGUUUUAUUUUUACUGCUGGUUCCAUAUUGAAGGUUAGUCGGUAGGCCAUUUGGCCCAUCAGAUCUGUCCGCCAUUCAAUCGUGGGCGACUAUUUUUUCCGGUCCUCAGCGCCGCUCCCAACAUCUCUCCCCCUCUGGUGCCGUGUCCAAUCAAUAAAUUAUCGAGAUCUGCCUUAAAUAUACCCAAUAAUCCGGCCUCCACUGCUGCCUGUGGUAAUAACUUCUACAAAUUCACCACCAUCUGGAUAAAGGAAUUUCUCCACAUCUGGUACCCCCAAUCCUUUUAUAACUCAUCAUUCUAAAUUCCAGUGAAUACAGACCCAGAGCCAUCAAACGUUUAACCCUUUCAUUUCCAGAUUCAUCCUAGUAAUCCUCCUCUCCAACGCCAGGACAACUUUUCUGAGAUGAGGGGACCAAAACUGUUCACAAUACUCAAGGUGGGGCCUCACCAAUCCAAUACCUUAUAAAGCCUCAGCAUUACAUCCCUGCUGUUGUAUUCUAGAUCUCAUAGGAUGAAUGCAAACAUUGCAUUUGCCGUUCUCGCCACUGACUACCUGCAAGUUAACAUUUAGGGUGUUCUGUACAAAGUCCCAUUGUAUGUCAGAUUUUUGGAUUUUCUAUCCGUUUUGAAAAUAGUCUGCACAUUUAUUUCUACAACCAAAUUUGAUGACCAUACAUUUUCCAACAUUGUGUUUCAUUUGCCAACAUUGCCCAUUAUUCUAGUCUUAGUCCAUCUGAAGCCUACCUGCCCCUCCAGCAAUCUUCAUAUCAGCUGAAAACUCGACAACAAAGCCAUCCCAUCUAUUCCAUCUAAAUCAUUGAUAUAAAAAGAAGAGGUCCCAACACCAACCAGCCAACCAGAAGAGGAUCUUUUUAUUCCCAUUCACUGCCUUCUACCAAUCCAGUAAGCAGCCUCAUGUGUGGCACCUUGUCAAAGGCCUUCUGAAAGUCCAAAUAUAGAACAUCCACUGCACCCCCUUUAUCUAUCUUAUGUGUAAUCUACUCAAAAGAAUUCCAACAGGUUUGUCAUUCAGGAAUUUCCCUUAAGGAAGCCAAGUACUCCAGUACUUCAUUCUUAAAAAUUUACUCCAACAUCUUCCCAACCACUGACGUAAGGUCUAGAAUUUCCUUUCUGCUGCCUUUCUCAGAGUGGAGUGACAUUUGCAAUUUUCCAGGCCUUUGGAACCUUGCCAGAGUCCAAUGAUUUUUGAAGAUCAUUACUAAUGCCCCCACAGUCUCCACCGCUACCCCUUUCAGAAUCCGAGGGUGCAUCUCAUCUGGUUCAGUUGACAUGCAUCCUUAGGUCUUUCAGCUUUUUGAGCAUCUUCACCCUAGUAAUAGUAACUGCACCCACCUCUCUUCCCUCACACCCUUUAACAUCUCGCAGACUGCUACUGUUUUCCACAGUAAAGACUAAUGCAAAAUACUCAUUUACCUCAUCUGCCAUCUCCUUGGCCCCUGUUAUUAAUUUCUCCAGCCUCAUUUUUUAGCAGUUCUAUGUCCACUCUCAUCUCUCUUUCUUUUUUAAUACACUUGAAAAAGCUUUUAGUAUGCACUUUGAUAUUGGCUGUAGCAUUACUAUCAUAUAUCCUGGAUAACUGAUGCAAAACCUUUUCAGAUGUGUUUUCAAUUUUUGGAAAAUUAAACGAUGGUAUUAUCGGAAAAGAACAAACGCAAAGAGAGGAGUACUGAAAUUUAAGUAAAAUGCAGCUCAAUAGACAAUAGGAGUAGGAGUAGGCCCUUCAGCCUUUCGUGGCAGCACCACUAUUCAAUGUGAUCAUGGCUGAUCAUCCACUAUCAGUAUCCCAUUCCUGCGUUCUCCCCAUAUCCCUUGACUCUGCUAUCUUUAAGAGCUCUAUCUAACUCUUUCUAGCUCAAGCAGUAAACGUGGACGGAGAAACAGAGUUAAGAUUUCAAGCGGCUUCUUCAUCAGAUAACAUUCUGCUAACAUGCUUUAUUGCACUUUUUUCCCCUGCAAAGAUGUCCAAUCUCACUUUCUCCCAUAAUUUCCCCUCCGUACCCCAUCUUCCCUACUUAAGUUCCCUUCUCUCUUUAUGUCACCAGUAAGUUCAGAAAUCACCAUGAGCUUUCACUUUCUUGAAUACCCUGUGAAAGAGCAGCUUCUCAAAUGGACAUCUCAGUUCAGCACAACCACUCUUCUCUUUAUCCACAGCUUAUGUCAAGAAUUUCAAUAUAUUUCUUAAAAACUUCUCAAAACCCUGUUCACUUUGUUGGAU